GGGAGGUAGAGAAACAAACACGCGCCGUUUUAAUUCAGGAGCCUGGGCUACAUGGGAUAUUUAGGACAGACUAUCGAGACAGAAAAACAAGGCGGGGGCUGCAGUAUGAAAAAAGGUACUCUCCUUAAAUUCCAGCGUCUCCAGAUGUGUAAGAAACUAUAGGUAAAAUUCUCGCGAUAUCUUAAGACAUCCGGCGUAAUAAGCCUCGAGCCACAGCGUUGGCGAAGUAAAAGAAGCUCGCGAGAUUUCUGUAGAGGACUAGGAGGGGGAGGAAAGGUGAUCUCGCGAAGGGAAAGAGGUCGGGAGCGCUCGCGAGAUCUCAGACCACCAGACCUGAAAGGUGCUUGAGAAGUUGAAAGGCCCAGAGGAGGCCCCAGGGCAAAUGGCCGGAGCUGGACCGACCAUGCUGCUACGAGAGGAGAACGGCUGUUGCAGUCGGCGUCAAAGCAGCUCCAGCGCCGGGGACUCGGACGGGGAGCGCGAGGACUCACCGGCUGCGCGCGCCCGGCAGCAGCUAGAGGCGCUGCUCAACAAGACUAUGCGCAUCCGCAUGACAGAUGGACGAACACUGGUCGGCUGCUUCCUCUGCACUGACCGCGACUGCAAUGUCAUCCUGGGCUCGGCGCAGGAGUUCCUCAAGCCGUCGGAUUCCUUCUCCGCUGGGGAGCCCCGUGUGCUGGGCCUGGCCAUGGUACCCGGACACCACAUCGUUUCUAUUGAGGUGCAGAGGGAGAGCCUGACUGGGCCUCCAUAUCUCUGACCACGAUCGCGCAUGCAUUCCACACUUCAUUAAACUUAUGACCAAAGUG